CGAGCCCACUCCAAUUGACGCGCACUAAAGAACAUGACGUCCCGGGCUCGUCGCGUCCGCUUCAGCGACCGCGUGGAGACGUUUGAAGAUUCUCGGCGGCGCACGAGUGAAGUCGUGCGGACGACCGGCCUUACUCCAGGGGCGGAAGUGUACACCAGCCUACCGCUGCAGAUGGCCGUCUAUUUCAAUGUGUUCUAUGCUCCACUGUGGGCCACUGGUUACAUAUUGGCACUGCAGACUAAGUUUUCCCUGCUGGCUACCCACUACCGCUACGUCAGUGUUCUAGUUGUGGUGGUCAUGAUUUCUGUUGAGACAGCCAGACUCUAUCUUGCCUAUGAGGGGAACCUUAGGGAAAAGUGGAGUGGGCAAGUCCCAUGUUAUGUAUCAGGGAAGUCUGUGGGAUUUCUGAGAGUUACCACCACCUGCUACGGACUCGCCAGUUUCAAUGGGCCUGUGGAGACAGAAUCCAAACUCAAUUGUAGCCGAGCUGGCAGGGUUCUGGCUCCUCUCUCUACUCCAGACCUCGUCUCACGCCUUACGCUCUACUACUGCCAGAUUCACUAACACUCACACCCUCACCCGGACUCACGAGAGGUGCCCUCAUCCCUCACCCCUCGCUCUUCUCUCAUGCCCAGCUAAUCCUGGGCCUGUGGACACUCUAUCGCCUCGUGAGCUCUCAGGCCCUCAAGUUCCACUUGGCACAGAGCAACAGUGUUCUGCAGGCCUCUGUUGGACCUGCUCCUAGUAGUCACGGUAGUGUGAGGACUGAGGGAGGGAGGGAACACAUUGAAAUGACUAAACUAAGUUGAUGUCAUUUCAUCAAUCACCCUCCCAGAGUAUAUGUGCACAUGCGAUACUGCUUUGCUACAUGUACACUCCACGUUAUUAAUUCCUCAGCUGUGCGUGUGAAUAUGAGACAUGUUUGUUUG